GCCUUGGCCUGCUCACUCAUUGCUAUCAUAGACAUGGCUUCCUUUCUCUACUUGCUCUUCUUCUUCUUCUCUCCCUUCUUGUCGUGCUCACUGGCCUCUUCCCCAUCUCCAUCUCCGUCGAGCUUGAUCCAAAGCACAUGCAGCUUGACAUCCAACUACGACUUCUGCGUUGCGACGCUGCAAUCCGACCCGCAUAGCCUGAAAGCCAACGACGUCAAGUCUCUAUCCACCAUCGCCGUCACGAUGGCUUCCGCCACGGCGAAGAGCACUUCGAGGUACGCCACCGCCCAGGCCAAGAACGCGACGGAGGCUGCGGCCGCCCGGUCGGGGUUCCGGACCUGCGCCGAGAAGUACAGGUACGCCGGGGAGGCGCUGCGGUCGGCGCUGGACUCGCUGGCCGGGGAGAACUACGACUACGCGUACGUGCACGUGAGCGCGGCGCAGGAGUACGCGAGCGCGUGCGGCAGGCUGUACCAGAGGAGCUCCGGCGUGGCGUACCCGGACGCCAUGGCCGAGAGGGAGGAGGACCUCAAGCGCUUGUGCGGCACUGCCAUGGACAUCAUCUCUCAGCUCGGUUGAUAUGAUGAUGGCACAGCGACCCAUGGUCCGUGACGAGGUCGCGAUAGCAAUUCUGUUGAUUCAAUCUUCUUUUGUGUCAGUGGUGAAAGCUGUUCUCUCGUGUCCUUCAAUGGUGACAGUGUGGCUGUGUUUGACUUUGUGCACCAUGAACGAAUUGUAAUGGCUAUUAUAUUAAUAAGACUAAACGGAGGGCGCCUUUUGACUUCA